AUGAACUGCGUGCUACUGGUUCAAGCCACGCGCACCACAAGGUCUCUUGGCCCGCACGGCGCAAUGAGCUGCGUGGACGACCCGCACGGCGCGUUCAGCUGGGCGGACGGGCCGCUGGGGAGCAGCAGCCCCUCCUUCUUCGCGUGCGACCUCGUCGCCUCCGCGCACCGCCGUUCGCCCUUCGCGCUCCUCUCACCACUCCCCGUGUGCGACCACGCCGCGUGCGACUCACGCGUCGCGCUUAGUCCACGCGAGCUGAUGGAGCGAUGCGAAGCUGAGGGGCACGACACGUGGCAGCAGCGCGUGGCGCAUCAGCGCCGGUGGAACGCCGCGGCCGCCCAGCCGAACCAUUCCGCUGCGCUCCCCAUGCGCGCCUCGCGAAACUCCGCUUGGGUCCGCGCGUCGCCCGCAGCAGCAGCUGCCUCGCUGACCCAGUCGCAGCCGUGGCUGCGAGCGGCAGAGGCGGCAGCAGAGCGCUGGAGCGGCAAUGAACCCGCAGGCAGCGAGGCACACGCGGCCGCCAUCCCUCCUAUGAGCAGCCCCUCUAGCGGCCCAUGCAGCAGCAGCCUCGCGCGCACAUCGCGAGUGGCAGCGGGGGCGUGUCGCGAACGCGAAGAGCGUCUGCCUUCCUGCCGCCGUGGUGCUGCUGCCGCGAGAGCCACAGGAGGUGUGCAUGGGUGUAGCGCGGCGAGCAGGGCUGCCGCUGCUGCUGCUAGCGCAGGUGGGCGGCAGAGUGCAAGUGGGUGUAGCGCGGUGGAAAGGGAGGGCGCGAGAAGGACCCCAUCAGAGCGUUGCAAGCUGAGGCGCUCCCAAACAGCAGGAGCAGCGGAGCUGGCGGGAGCAGGAGGAGAGACGCCCGGCAGUGCAGGUGUGGGCGCGUGGCCUGCACUCUGUGGCCCUAGGGGGAACCCCGCCUCUGUCGCACUGACCUCUCCUCCUCGCCCCCUCUCCUGUGCGCCCGCUGCUGCUGCGCCUGCUGAGAUUGGAGAGGGGGAUGCGGAGGGAUGGAUGUGGGAGUACCAGGGGUGCUGCGAGCACAGGAGUUGGAACUUCAGCAAUGCCGCCUACUCCCCACAGACACACCUUAACGUGCCUCACAGCACUGCCCGCACCAGCAGCUCCUCCUUCUUCUCCCCCUCGCACCACACGCUCACCCCUGCCCACGACCUGCUGCCUCGCACCGCGUACGUCCCCCUCUCACUGAUUGACACCUGCUGUGGCGCAGCAGGCACGGGCGCUGUCAUGCGCGCUGACUCCCUUGCCCCGUGCUCUGCCACGGGUGCUGCCGUGUGCCUACCAACAGUGUGGCCGCCAUGGGAGGCCACUCCCCCCGCCAUGCCCACCCCACCUGCACCGCCCCCCAUCCCCGUUGCACCGCCCAGCACUGCCCCUCCUCCGCCGCCCACGCCCAGGCCGGCACAGCUGCAGCAGGCCUUCCCGUGUGCUGCGGGCAAGGGUGCUGCAAGCACAGGCGGGGGCACGGGCAGGUGGUGGGGGAGGCUCACACGCCUGUGGCGCCGCACCGACAGGCGCCGGCCGGCAAGCAGGAGCUGCGCCCUCCCUGUGCUGCUCCCGUGCUGCGUGCUCUCAGCGCCAUGA